AUGGGAUUUUAUCGGACGAUGACAUCACGUUAUGGCAUUCGAACAUCAGAUAUCAUGAAGGAAUGGAGUAACAACAACCGAAAGAUAGCGAACCUCUUGAACAGGAGGAUAUUCCUACUCGAAUGUAAAAGACUGGGAUUAACACCUAAUCAUAUAGGAACAGGAGUCAGGAAUGUUCUGAAUUUGGUUGAAUUUCACACAGGAAGUAGAUUCAAUAAAAAGAUUAGUGGAUUUAACAAAAACUUAGUUAAUAGAUUACUUUCCUUAGAGAUUGAACACACUCACUUAAAGAUUUCACACAUUUGCAAGUACAAUAGCACCAUAAAAAGAGAGUUGAGGCAGACAAUACCAACAGAGAUACAUAGAGAAUUUUUCAGACGCCAGAAGACUACAUACAACAAAAUAUUUCAUAGAGUAAAAGCCACAAACCUCAGAAAAAUUAAAGCACUACAAAGAAGAAUACAUAAAGCAGAUUAUAAAGUUCCAGAGAAAUGGUUCAAGAAUUUGUCCCAGACAACAGUACCUGAAGAGGUUAGAACAGUCCUUGGUUUGGGUUCCAAAUUUAACGUCCCUUUAGACCACAAAGAAAUAAACAUCAAAGACCUAAUAGCAGACGUUGAGAGCAUUUUGGACUUGGUGGAGGAAGAUAGAAGAGACACUUUGAGAGCUAAGAUAGCAAGCAUUAUAACUGGUCAUCUACAUAAAGGUGAAAAUAAUAUUUGUGCGACAGACAACAUAAGAAAGCUAUAUAAAACAACGAAAAACUUUUUAAGAACUAAUGAUCACCUUGUAGUUCUCGACAGUGACAAAGGUUCAGUGACUGUACUUAUGGAUAGGGCGGAUUAUCUUCAGAAGAUGUACUCAAUUGUUGACACUGACGAUUUCAAAAAGAUUUCUAGAGACCCAACUACCACUAUCCAGAAUAAAACCAACAAGAUCAUAUCCACACUUGUAAACCAAAAUAUACUAAGUAAAGAAGCUGCAAGAUCAAUGAAAUCAUAUAAUUCAGUGAGCCCUAGAAUGUACGGAAAUCCCAAAAUACAUAAGGAAAAUAUCCCAAUGCGACCAAUCGUAUCUGAUGUACAGGGUCCCACAUGUAAAUUUUCAAAUUAUAUUGCACAAAUCCUAACAGAAGCCUAUGACCAGGAUAAUGCAUAUUAUGUGAAAGAUUCGUUUGACUUUUCCAGUAAGAUUAACAAUUUUGAAUUACCCCCAGAUUAUGUGGUGAUAUCACUUGACGUAGUCAACCUAUUUGGCAACAUAUCAAAGGAGUUGGUACUGAGAGCAAUGGAAUUCCAUUGGAACAAGAUUGAGGCAGUCUGCAACAUAUCAAAAGAAUACUUCAAGGAGAUUAUCACCUUCCUCCUAGAAUCAGGUUACUUCAUGUUCGAUGGCAGUUUCUAUUUGCAGAUGUUUGGGUGCAUUAUGGGAUCCAGACUUAGCCCGAUUUUGUCGUUGUAUGUGAUGGACUAUGUGCUCGACUCCUGUAUACCUAGAUUAACAUUCACACUUGCAUUUAUAAAAAAAUAUGUAGACGACCUAAUAAUAUCCCUACCAUCAACGGGAACUGAGGAGAUAUUGCAAGUUUUCAACAGCUUCGACCCUAAAUUAAAGUUCACGAUUGAAACAGAAGAUUGUUACAACUCUGUUCCGUUCUUAGAUACCAAGGUAUGCCGAGUGGAUAAUAAAGUAAAAUUAAAUUGGUAUAGAAAGACGACUUCUGCAGGAAAGUUUAUACAUUUUUUAUCUGACCAUCCAAUGAGCAUAAAAUUAAAUUUCAUUAAAGAACAAAAAAACAGGAUUUAUAAAAUCUGUGAUCCAACAUUCAGAGAUGGAAGCAUGAAAAGACUGUUUGAUCUUUUAGUUGAGAAUGCCUAUCCUAAAACAAUGUUGAAAAAACUUCUAUAUUCUACUUCAAUGUUGCCUUCGACUGAAAGUCAAACACAACCUGAUAUGGUGGGAGAAACAGAAGUUGUGAAAUAUAGAAGCAUCCCUAACAUCCCUUACCUUACCUACAAAAUUAAAAAUUGUUUUAAAGAUUAUAAUAAAAAAGUGAAAAUAGUAGCACAGUGCAAAAAGAAAGUGGCAAAUUUAUAUUCAAAACUGAAGGACCCUAUACCAAAAGAAAUAAAAUCGAAUGUGGUGUACGAACUGGAAUGUACUGACUGUCAUGAAACCUACGUAGGUCAAACCUCUCAGUGGCUUAGAAAUCGCAUGAACUUACAUAAAAGUGAUAUUAGAACAAAUAACCUGAGAUGUGCAUUAUCUGUUCAUGCUAAUAAGUACUCACACAGUGUUGAUUUUAAUAACGUAAAAAUUUUAGAUGUAAAUGUAAAUUAUAAAAAAAGAUGUAUACUAGAAAUGAUCCACAUACAAACUCAAAAAAGUAAAAUUAACAAGAAAACGGACACGCAGAGAUUAAGUCCAAUAUAUGCAUAUCUCAUAGAAUUUUCUAACAGACCAUUUUUCGAUGGUCCAGUUGAUGGAUGACAUUUAACCUAACUUUGUUUAUUGCGUAUUAUGAUAUUGCGUUUCUUAAUUGAUAAUCAUUUGAUAUUACCCUGUUUGAUGCUUGUGUCUGAUUUUGUACAAUUCUUAGACUUAGAGAUUAACCUCGCAUUCAUUGCCCUGAGGAAGAAGCAAAAUAAGCUUCGAAAGCUAGGCUUUACAUGAAUAAAGAGUAAAUAUAUCUCGUUAAUUGCUGA